CUGAAUGGAGUAACGCCGCUCAGUGCAUGCAGGGCGGUGGUCAAGCAGACACACCCUCCUUGCAGCGUCUUGGCGUCUAUCCCCGGUCACCACCUACUUCGCCAUCUACCCUCUCGCUCCAAGAAAAAGUUCAUUUGUGCCUCCACUAACCAAAUCACUGGCAAAGCAUCUCUUGUCACAGAUGGGAGGCAGUAAGGAGUCCGUGGUGAUGGUGGUGUUGGUAGCAGCGUUGGUGGUGCUGGUGCCCCUGCACUGCCGCGGCCAGAACGCCCCCUCCGUCGAGGACUGGAAGGGGCUAGACGAGACCGUCGGGGCGAACAAGGCCGUCGCCUCCCGCAUUAUAAAGGGCAUGAGGAACUUCGCUCACUUGCGCCAGACUAUCGGGUGCACGCCAGAUGUCCACGAGUCUCAGAAGCUUGUGUUGAAGAAGACUGAGCUGUACGCACGGGAGAUGGCUUUCCUCGUUACCACGCUGUAUAGGGAGGUUCGCUGGUUCAAGGAAGCUGCAGAAGACGCUUGCUUGAGUGAAUGCCAACAGAGCGAGUGGCGGUGCAAGAGUGGGCAGUGCAUUCCUCUGUACCUCCGCUGUGACGGGCGAGGAAACUGUAACGACGGCUCUGACGAAACCCCCCUCUGUCAGGGGUGUGGCCCUGACGAGUUUAGGUGUGCAGCAGACAACACCUGCCUGCCAUCCUGGACGCGUUGUGACGGCGUGUACCACUGCACUGAUGGCGCCGACGAACACUGCCAGGACUCGUGUUCGUCCGGUGAGUUCCUGUGUCCAUAUGACCGCCGCUGCCUGCCCGCCUCCUGGACGUGUGACGGCGAACUGGACUGCUCAGACGGCGCCGACGAGAGACUCUGUUCUGACAUCGAGGAAGACAACACCAGCCCCGCGCAGGUGUGCCGGCCAGGGGAGUUCCGCUGCGCUACUGGUAACAUGUGUUUCUCCCUGGACUUGCUGUGUAAUGGUGUAGGGAACUGCUACGACGCGAGUGACGAGAGCGAGUCGCUGUGCCCGCAAACCACCACGCCUCAGAGCACGUGCCCGCUCAACACAUUCCGGUGCGUCUCGUCGUCAAGAUGCAUUGUCUCGUGGUGGCGAUGUGACGGAUUCCCGGAGUGUGAGGACGCCAGCGACGAGGACGACUGCAUCUACGGGCUGGAGUGCGGGAGGGGCCGGUUCUUCUGCUUGAGUGACAGGAUCUGCCUGGAGGCAAGCCAGCGCUGUGACGGCGUGCUGGACUGCUCCGACAGCACCGACGAAAUGGACUGUCCCACCACAGCACAGCCCGCCACAACCCCGCCCACCAUAACCCCGCCCAUCACAACCCCGUCCACCACACCGCCAUCAACCACAGAACCAUCAACCACAUCCUCCUCAACAUUUAUGGGCUGCCAGCCAGAGGAGUUCCAGUGUGCUACUGAGGAGAGGUGCGUCCCCCAGGAUGUGCUGUGUGACGGGGUGGCCAACUGCCCCGACCAGAGUGACGAGGACGACUGCACGACCACCCCCACUCAGCCCACCACGCCCCAGGACGGCAGAGUGACACCGGAUUUACGUCUGGGUCAGGGCAACUCCACCUCCACCAUCACCACCACCACUGCCCUCGUCCGCAUCACCUUUGACAACACCGAUGUCACCACCACCGAUCCCACGAUUACCUCCCCGACAACCGCCGCCGCCACCACCACCGCCCCAGCCGUAGCAACGGUGGCGCCUCAGGUCACCGUGUCGUGCUCGCCCGGCCACGUUCCCUGCACCCGUGAGAGCUGCGUGCAUGAGCGGCUGGCGUGUCUCAACAUCGCCAGGAUCGGGUGCACUAAUAUGAGCAGGGACGUGCUCGACAUGUGCCAGAAGUGUCGCACGGAAGGGAUCAGCGGGAGGACUUGCUUGCAGAGAACCCAAACUGCUGUCCAGCGAUGCAUAGGCUGGGGCUGGAGCUACAACAGGUGCCUCAAGUCUGGCCAGUAUCAAGGAAGGUAGGCGAGCAGGUGUGUAUAGGUGUGGGGGCUGGGAAGGCGGUGUGCCUUGUAUAGUUGCCGCCUUCCUGUGGACACCUCUCAGCUUGGCGCCGCCGUGAAGGGAGUGAGGAGCGACCUGCCAGUGCUGGAGAAAACGCCCACUGUGGGGAGUGUGUUGGGGCUGCUUGAAUGACUGCUGGUGCCAGAGUCUGCUGAGUGUGGGGAGCAAAUCUGGAUGAGGAAAUGAGGAUACUACUGUAGUGGAAAUGUGUGAGUAGUGCCGACUUUCUCUCAUCUUUGUUCUGUCCACCUCCCUAACGCAGGAGUUGACCAGUAAUGCCAAUCUUUCAUCCAUUUUGCCGGUAAACUCUGGGACUCCCUGUCUGAUUCUUUGUCUCCUCUUACCAAUGAUUUAAACUGUUUCAAGAGGGAGGUUUCAAGACAUGUUUAUAAUUUUGGAUGCAUCUUUCACUUUUAGGGAAUGGCGCUAUUCAAAACAAUGUUUGUAGUUUUUAGUCAAAAGAUUUAUUUAUUUAUUUUCCUUCAAUGUGGAGUUCAGGUGCGUUAUUUUCAUGUGCAAUACAUGUAAUUAAUUUGAUGCAGUCUGCUAUGCUUGAUGGUUUAUAUAUUGCUUGUGUGCUGUGGUUUAUUACUUUUUUUGUGCAUGAUGCAUUGUGUAUCAUGCAACAUCAACUAAAUUAAUUAAUGAAUAAACAUAAAACAAAAACAUGC